AUGCCGGGAGUUCCACUCGACGCCAUGGACCAGAUGAAGAAGGCUUUCAAGGGUCUCUUCAGGGGCAAGAAGUCCAAGAAGGAGGAGCCAAAGCCCACGGCCACGGGUGAAGCCGCUGCUGCUACGCCUGCGCAGACCAAGCCCACCGAGACUACGCCGGCUGCCCCAGCUCCUGCUACUGCGCCCGAGCCCGCAAAGACCGAGACGACACCCUCGGCCACCAGCGCUGAGCCCGCUGCGCCAGUGCCAGCGCCUGCUGAGCCCGCUGCAGCUCCAGCUCCAGCUUCAGAUCCAGCUCAGAGCGAGGUGAAGAAGGAUGAAGCUGCGGCCCUGACUGAGGUCAAGAAGGCCACGUCCACCCCCGAACCCGUUGGUGCCGUCGCGCCCGCACCCCCAACUGCUGCCGAAUCUCAGCCCGCUGCCACCGAGGCCCCUAAGGACACUGAGGCCAAGGUCACCGAUACACCUGCACCUGUGGCCCCCGUGGAAAUGCCCGCAGUGCCUACCAGCCAGCCCGCUGCCGGCAUGAGCGCUACAAGCGGUCCUAUGUUCGACGAGCCCAACUUUGGCGAGGACAAGGCUGCUGCGCCCGCUGCACCAGCUGCGGUACCAGCUCCCGUUGCGCAAGCUGAGGAGCCCAUCGCCCCUGCACCAACCCCUGCGGUUGCGGAUCCUACUCUCGCUGCUCCUGCGCCUGCGCCUGUCGCUGAGCCUACCGCUACCACUGCUGCCCCUGCCGCCGCUGAGGAGAAGGCAGAGAAAUAG